UGUUGGCCACGAAACAGAGCUUGAAAAUGUACGUCGAUAGAUCCUUGUGCGAGGAAACAUCACCAAUCUUGCAGACGGACGAGAAUUGCAAGCACAUCCAGAUACUCGGCGAUUCCAACAAACCACGUCGUUCUCUGAGGUACGUGAAUAGAUAGGCUUCGAAUUCUACUAUUAUGAGCUAACCGAACGGUCCGAUUUUGUACAAUGCACCAUUUUUGGGAAAGGUUUGGGAAGAACGGAAGUUACUCAAGGGCGGGGAUUAGCGCUUUACCACUUCCGGAUUGGUGGUAAAAGAUACGUUUGGGCGUGGCUUUAGAUGCUUGAUAUCUUCAAGGGGUGGCUGUUUUGGAGUUUCUGUGUGCUUAGAAAAGCACAUCUUGACCGUGGUCUAUAUGUUUAGAUGCUUUGAACACCUGAAAAUGACAUAUCGACGUAUUUAAAUCAGGGCACUCUGCAUGGCGCGAAUGGAUUGUCCAAAUUAUGGAGCAAUUAAUGCACAUCAUAGACGGGAAACGUAGACAUAAAAUGACAACAAUUUCGGCUUAGCAUUUUUCGAAUGUUUGUUUGAUCAGUAUACAUAUCAUACUAUGGAACUGUUGUAGGGGUGGUUGAUUAAAAUUGAAAUGGUUUUUCUAUGCUAACGAUGCUUUCUGAAGCCCUUUCUCCUUUCUACCCAUGAGGAGUUUUCAUUUGAUUAUUAAAUCAAUUGUCCCUAAACAGCUUUGUAUACAUAGAUGCAGAUUAGAUUUUGUUUCAGGGAUAGUUUGAUAGUUUUAAGGUAUGGAAAGGGUAAUUGGUUGGUUGGGAGGGGUUGUUUAUCAAUUGGCUAUCUGCUUGCAGUACUGUACCAUCUUUGAUGAAUUUGUAAAUUUGAGGUUUGGUUCCAUUAAUUAAUGAGGGUGCAUUUGCUGUUUUCUUGUCCAGGAUCAUGGAGAAAUCGGUGGCUUAUGCUACAGGUUUACCAUGCUGGUUGGGUCUUACCCUUGCAGAUAUGUACGCGUUACAACAAAAUAGAAACUUUUAUACAUUUUUUGAAAGGAACUAUUGGGCUGGCUAUCUUGUGUUUGCCUUGGAGUCUUAAGUUUUCUGGCCUAUUGAUUGGGCCAAUCGGUAUUGUUGUGAUGGCUUCCAUAGCUGUUGCAGGAAUGUAUGGCAUAGUUUGCUGCUCAAGAGUUUUAUGUCAACGAACAGGACAAUCUUCUUUGGAUUUUGGGGCUGUUGCAUAUGAGGCAUCUUUGCCGUAUUCAGAAAUGCUAGGCCGUUAUUUCAGAAUGGCUGUUAACAUUUUUCUUGUGAUCACACAGUUUGGAUUGUGCUGUGACUACAUUUUAUUUAUUUCACAGCAGUUGAUUUUAAUACUGGAAGCAUGUGGUAUCAGUUUUGAUGGUCUGUCUACCAUUGAUCGAGAUCGAAUCAUGAUUGCAGCGAUUGGUAUUCCAAUGGUUGUGUCUGCUCUCAUUCGAAAUCUAGACGACUUCACUUUUCUGUCACUAACAGCCAACAUUGCCUUGACAGUUUCUGUCUUUGUAAUUUUGUGUUUCACAUUUACCCACCUGAACCUAACCGAACCAGGAUAUGGAGGUCGGAUCAAAGAUCUGCCUUUUGCAGCUUCAGUUUCUUCGUUACCAUUGUUUUUUGGAACUGUGGCGUUUUCAUUUGAAAAUAUUGGAGCAGUUUUACCAACAGAGAACAAGAUGAAACAACCUAAAGCUUUUACUUGGGUGUUUCUGUCUGCCAGCGUUUUGGUGAUAGCUCUUUCUGCGUUGACUGCUGUCAUGGGCUAUUUGACAUUUGGAGACAAUAUCAAGCCUGUUUUGAUCUUGAAUUUGCCGUUGAAUGGGAAACUUUCCUGGUUAUUCUCUGUGUCACAACUUUUGUACAUCUAUGCAAUAUAUGUGUCAUACUUGAUUCAAUUCUACAUACUGAUGACUAUCGUUGAACCAUCUGUUUUGAACUGGGCUACUAGACAGCAGUGGAGGCAACCCAAUAUUGCAAGUUAUGCAUUACGUAUUGGGACAAUGCUACUGGCAGUGCUUGCUACACUCGCUAUUCCUCGUUUGAGUCUAUUUUUGCCACUUGUUGGUGCUAUUGGCUGUGGAGCAUUGGCAUUUAUAUUUCCGCCUAUUAUUUUUCUUCUCACGUUUCACUCAGAGUUGGCUCUUCGAUCAUGUCUAGUGUCUACUUUGGUGAAAAUCGUAUGUAUAGCUGUAUCUGUGAUGGGUGUGCUGGGAUCGAUACUUUGUGUCUAUGCAUCAGUGGAAAAGAUUUUAGAGUUCUACAGACAGUGACGGCUGUUAAUUAAUUGAAUGUUUUGCAACACAUUUUAUUUCUGAAACUAAAUUGGUACAGUUCACUCAGCCUACUGUUGUAUUUCUCACGAUGUCGUGAUCAUUGGUUAUUUAUAGACUAUGGUAGAGUCUUUACUGUUUGUUGUGUGGUAAUUGGAACACCUUUGUUUGAAGCUCA